AUGGCCCUCAAAUUCCUCCUCGCUCUUCUCUCUGCUCUCCUCCAUUUGAUCUCUGCGCAGAAUCCUUCAGGUUUCAUCAGUUUGGACUGCGGCAUUCCGGCGAACAAAACGUACAUAGAGCCGCACACCGGCAUAAACUACGACUCCGACGCGGCGUUCAUAGACACCGGUGAAACCCACAACAUAUCCUCCUUCUACAUAAGCACCACUCUAAAACAUCAGCUACGGAAUCUAAGAAGUUUUCCCCACGGGACUAGAAAUUGCUACAAAGUGAGAGUCAAAUCCGGCACCAAGUACCUAAUCCGAGCCAGCUUUCUGUACGGCGACUACGAUGGCCAGAUGCGGCUCCCCAGCUUCGACCUACACUUUGGACCCAACUUCUGGACUUCCGUUAAUUUUGACGCGGUGAAUACAACAGAGCAUCUGGAGAUCAUUCACGUCGUUUCGUCGAGUAGUGUGCAAGUUUGCCUUGUCGACACCGGCGCCGGAACGCCGUUCAUCUCCGCUCUGGAGCUGCGCCCGUUGCCCAACUCCAUCUACGAGACUAGAUCGGGGUCGCUCGCCACUUUCUUACGCCUCGACGUGGGCUCCGCCACCAACUUAUCUUAUAGGUACAAAGACGACGCUUACGAUCGAAUAUGGUACGCGAUGAUCCAACUCCCAGCAUGGACUACAAUAGCCACAACCGAGGCCGUAUACGCCAACGAUCCGCUCUCCUUUCUUCCCGCGCCGCCGGUGAUGACCUCGGCGGCGACGCCCAUAAACGCCUCCGCUCCGAUGGAGUUCAACUUCUCUCCGCCGGACGACACCACGCAGUUCUUCGUCUUCUUGUACUUCGCCGAGAUCCAGAAGCUGCAACCCAACCAGUCCAGAGCGUUCCAGGUAUUGCUCAAUGGUAAACCCUGGACCAACGGAUUGAUUUCUCCACCUUACUUAGAAGGAAUCGUCUCUUACAGCACCGCGCCAUUGACCGGCGGAACUUACGAUUUUUCCCUCGUUAAAACCCCCGAUUCCACUCUCCCGCCGUUCCUCAACGCCGUUGAAAUUUACAGAGUCAUUGAUUUCUCCCAAUCGCCCACGGACGAGCGAGAUGUUGAGGGCAUUUCGAGUGUCAAGGCAGCGUAUGGAGUUGGGAGAAAUUGGCAGGGGGAUCCGUGUGCGCCUAGAGAGUUCAUUUGGCGAGGAGUCAAUUGUAGCUUUGUGGAUUCUGUACCUCCCAGAAUCACUUCCUUGGAUUUAUCCUCCAGUGGACUCACAGGGGAAAUAGUUGAAGAUUUAGCAAAGCUCGAAUUGCUAGAGACUUUGGAUUUAUCAAAUAAUAGCUUAAGUGGAACAGUGCCUGAAUUUCUCACUCAAUUGCCAUCAUUGAGAGUCUUAAAUUUAGAGAGAAACAACCUUUCAGGACUUAUUCCUUCCCAACUUAUUGAGAUGUUCAUUGAUGGCUCUUUAUCAUUAAGCUAUGGUGAAAAUCCAAACCUGUUCAUCUCAGCUACAACUGAAAAGAAGAAAAAAAGCAACAUAGUUAUUCCUGUAGCAGCAUCAGUUGGUGGAUUUCUUCUGCUGUCACUCUUAAUUUCAGGUGCUAUCUUCUGGAUCAAGACUAAACAGAGAAAACAAGGAGUUCUGUUUGGAGAAGCAAAACAAUGGGGCUCAACCAGAAGAUCUUAUUCAUAUUCCGAUAUCUUGAGAAUUACAAACAAUUUCGAGCGGCUGCUUGGAGUCGGUGGCUUCGGAAAAGUUUACUAUGGCCAGAUCGAUGGCACCGAAGUAGCCGUUAAGAUGCUUUCGCCUCAAUCAGCUCAAGGUUAUGAUCAGUUUCAGGCAGAGGUUGACCUUCUCAUAAGGGUUCAUCACAGAAAUUUGACUGCCCUGGUUGGAUAUUGUGAUGAAUCAACAAAUAAAGGACUCAUCUACGAAUACAUGGGAAGAGGGAACUUGGGAUCUCUCAUUUCAAGUGACAGAUCAAAGGUUUUGAAAUGGGAAGAUAGACUCCAUAUAGCCUUGGAUUCAGCACAUGGAUUUGAGUACCUUCACCACGGUAUCAAACCAGCAAUUAUACAUAGAGAUGUAAAAUCUUCAAACAUCUUAUUGGACAACGAUUUUCGAGCAAAAGUGUCCGAUUUUGGGCUGUCAAGAACUUUUCCUGCUGAAAAUGGCGCCACUCAUGUGACAGCCACCAAUGUAGUUGGCACCCAUGGUUACAUUGACCCAGAAUACUACACCACAUACAGAUUAAACGGGAAGAGUGACGUUUAUGGAUUUGGAGUGAUUCUUUUGGAGAUCAUAACAGGAAAACCAGCUUUAACAAGGAUUGGAGACCAGGUAACUCACGUCUAUCAAUGGGUUGAGCCGUUGCUUUCGCAGGGUGAUAUCGGAUCAAUAAUCGACCCGAAAAUGAAAGAAGAUUUGAACGUAAACUCUGUUUGGAAAGCAGUUGAUGUAGCAAUCUCUUGUAUGUCUUCAAAAUCAAUAGAUAGGCCAAACAUGAGCCAAGUUGUGGUGGACUUGAAGGAAUGCUUGGCCAUGGAAUUAGCUGGUGAUAAGAAUCGCCAACCUGAAACAGCUGCUGCAGAAUCCACGGCUCUAACUGGCCCCUUCGCGAGGAGUCGGACACUGAUUGCCUCUUCCGCUUUCGGUAUUAGAUGAUUUCGUUGAAUUGCUUUCAAUUUCAAAUUUCAAAUACGCGUUGCUUUCGGAAAACGACGUCGCUUCAUUUUUGUUUUCAAAGCGCGUUGAUUCCGUUCCGAGGCAACAACGACGUCGUCCUGC